AAUGGUUGACUCUCUCCACUUCCGUCCCCGGCUUCUUGGUCACAGAAUUUGGUCGGUCUUGGAGACUUGGGCGGUACGACGGUGGAAUGCGGAUGGAAUGGGAAAACUUCCUUUCACCCUUCAGCCAACCAUGAGGCUUUCCAUCGGGGAUGACUAUGCUUUCCCCAGAUGAUGCCGAUGUUGGGAUUUCGUUGCUUGUUCCCCGCCCACUAGUCCAUUUGUGUUUUUUUUUUUUUUCCUUUUGCUUUUUUUCCCCCAGUGCUUCAGUGUUCUCCUUUCUCGUCGCCUACUUUCCCGGAGGAUAUCAAUGUGAAUAUCAGUAUCUUCCAAAUACCGUCGUGGAAGACAUUCCGAUGGAGAUGCGGCGCAGUCCGGAGUGGAUUCGUGCAAAUCGUUGAAGACUCUUUUGACACUAAUCCACCGUCGCUCCACCAGCGCCGGGAGAAAGAGAAUAAAAAAUAUAAUAAAAAAUGAUAAAUUAAAAUCACCAGAGAA